GGCGCAUCGGAGUCGGACUGGGUAUCUCUUUAGAAACGCAAAGCGAUUACUUUUAUGGUCGGCUUUUAUUCAUCUCGCCAAGAAAGCAUCUUGACACCCUCUGUUUUCUUGUAUUAUUCCUAUGAUGAAAUCUUACAGGAGCACAACAACAACAACAACAACAGCAACAACAUCGCCGGCUUCGCGCUGUGUUGUCGUGGUUGUUGAUGUUGGUACUACUACUAAGGACAUCAAGAUGGGACCCGGGCGACGGGGAUGAAUUCUAGCACACUCUAAUGUCCAACGGGUGGCGGGCCGUUGGAGUCUUUCGUGGUCAGUUCUGGUCCUGAAGGUCGCUCUAUCACUCCAUGCGAAGCUGGAUGCAGCUUUUUGCAAGAUUCCUCUUCGUGUGCAUGUGGUAAGAAAACCGAGGAGACGGGGGCUGCAGCUCGUACUCCUAACCCUGCUGCGGGUCUUGCUGCGCCUGGUGCUGCUGCUGCUGCUGAAAAAGGGAAACUUGAAAAAAAGCCAGCACCUUCACCCGUAAGAAACUUAUUUCGUUGCUGAUAAAUGAUAACUUUCGGCUGUGCCAUUCUUCUCCGAUUUAGCUUUCGCGGAUAAGUGGAUAGUGGGGUUAGUUUAGAAUUAGAGACCAGGCUACUAUGUUGCUUGCUACAGCAUAUUAGGAAAUCGUCGAUAUUAGACUCAGGAGCAGCAGGGGUGGUUCUUUAGCUUCAACCUAGUCCAGCCGACAAGAAUUGUAGUUAUAUAUAAGUCGCUGUCCUGGUAGUUGUUGGGCUGGUUGUCCAUAAUGCGUUUUAUUGAAUCAAAGGUAAGCCAAGUUCCUUCGUGUUUCUGUCGCCGUUUGUUGUGACUCCCCGACGGGACAAAAGCAAAACAAAAGGGAAACAGAAACACAAAGGCCCCACGCCUGGCGCCACGUUGGGCAAAGUGCUCAUCGUCUUGCCUUUCGUUGUCUUCGGAAAAAGUAGGAGCCCACUCAAGAUCCAUAUCAGUCGCUCUGCCUUCUACUUGUACACUUUUGGAGAAUAUAGGACAAAGAGUUUUACUUUUUUUGGAAAGGUUUUCUAUGGGAGGAUGUGAAUUUUCCGUGGCACGCAGAUCCGAUGGCACGGGAGUGGGGCCAUCUAGAGGCGUGACACGCCUUGACAAAUACAAGGUGAGACACGUUGUGACAUGACACGGCGCUGGAUUCCCCUGCAUCACCAUGCCAUCCUGUUGCUUUAUUUAGGGUUGCUGCUUCGUAGUUCUCUCUUUCUUUUGCGUUGUGUUUUUUUUUGGGCUCUCUCUCAAUUAUAAUAGUUGACGGCCUUGCAAACAAGUACUAACUAAUAUCCCGUUCACCGUUCGGCUGUUUGUUUCUAAUAUGAUUGCGAAGGAGCGAAUCGCCGUCGUUUUUUGAUGGUGGUUUUCUCGAGGUCGCAACAUCAUUCCGCGUAGUGCUGUUUGUAGCUUCGCAGUGCACUUUUUAGAUAAUGGUCUCGUCGUGAGCAGUCCACCCUCUCAAAUUGUUCAUUGCCGUUUUUUCAGAGUUUUGAGAUGUCUUUUCAACGAGAUGCUGGUCUGCCGUGGAGGGUCUUGUUCUUCCAUUUUCUUAGAAAGUGUGUGCUGUUUCUGAUCACGGCGACGCCGGUCUCGGACUCUGGCGGCCUCGGGUCGAUGGAUGUUUGUUAGAGGGGGACAGCCAGGCGUUUAUCAUGGGGCCAGAUUAAUGAGUGCGGAUCGCUGUAGAUGAGGGUGCUCGCCGUGGUGGUCUUCGCGGGUGCCUUAGCUCUGGCGCUCACUCGUGCCAGGGCUCCCACUCGCUACCCCGUGGCCCUCCAAGUGGAAGCACCCUGAGGGAUCGGCGGGCGCAUUUGCCCACACUGCAUCGACCACAUUCCAGGCGGUGACCCCUUGCACCGCUGGGGCACUGCGUCGAGCGCUUGCUAAAAGAGUGAAUGAAGCUGCCUUUCGCUUCCUUCCACAAAAACAGGAUGCGGAACCACUCUGCCCCUUCUCGCAAGGGUGCCCCAAGUCAGCGUGUACUCACACUGACUUCGCGACAGACCAAUGGUGGGCCUGUGCGCGUGGUCGCUUCUCUUUUCGCCUUAACCCAGCGUGCAUCUUUGCGGGGCUCGGUGGCUCGUCUCGGAACGGCAGCCCGCCCGGCCGAAUGAUCCACGACGACCAAGGCCUUGGGCCAUUUUCUGGCCAAUUCGUGAGGAGGGUAUGCGGGGGGCCGUGGUAUCGGCCAUAUGCCUACAUCCAAUUCGACGAGGUGAAAAAGGGCAGCUAGCCCAUUUGCGAACCAGGGUGGAGUAAGUAGUUGAAAUUCUUAGACAGCGCGGCAGGGCCCAGGACCCUCUGGCGCCUCCUGCUCGACCAGGCGUGGGCUGCUCGAAGUGUGUGGGGGGUGCGCUGCGUGUCGUCGUUGGCAGGAUGGGCGCGCAGCUGGUACUACUGCUAAGCGCCGGCGCGUGUUCUUGUGUUGAUCGGUGCUUCCGCGUGCCAUCCGCUGGCCUGUGCGCUCUGUCUCUGUUUAAAUCCGUCGUUUGCGAGUGUGUGUCAAGACAGCGCCAUCGACAGCUUCGAGAGUGGUGCAGCGCAUCCCCCCUCGCUCGCGCUUUUGUUCUUUGGUGGAUUUGCUCUCUUUGACUGCCCUUAUGAUUCUUCAAAGGUGGUUUAGGUCCAGCGACGCUGAAACCCCGUUGGGGGAGGACUCCCCUCCCCACGCCGGCUUGUUCGUGGAUUGCUGUGUCGAUAUUAUUGGGCGGGCUGUUUGUAAUCGCAGGCUCCAGGCUCGGGCUCUCGCCUUCAUGUUCUAUUUUCCUUCCCCCUUUAAUUUCGUCUUUUGAGUACAAUUUUUUUUUAUCUAAAAUAUGCAUCCAUUUCCUUCAUGUUCGCAUUCUCGUCUCGAUGAAUUACUUUCUUCUAUUCAUACUUUCCAUAGAAGUAUUACUUGCUAAUAAUCGACUGUGAUUUAUUGGUUGCCCAGGCGGGCCAGGGGGAAAUAAGAUAAUGUCACGCAUGAUUUACUUUCUUCGUAUUCUCAUUUCAUUGCGCAUCUCGUGUGAUUAUAUCAUCUUGUCUUCCCCAUGCAUUGGGAGGUUUUAAGGCUGCUUGACUGGUUUUCCGGAUCAGGUUCAGGUGGAAGAGGCUCGGAAGGUGAAGUCGAAGAUUUUGGCGGACUCGAAAAUGGUCGCCAAACCAACGGUCGUUUUUCUUGUGGCUGGCAUGAAAGACGCUGAUGAGCUGAGGAACGAACAGAAUACUAAUGCGAAAAUCAUGGCAGCCUUGAUCGAUAAGGCAGCAGCGAUGGCGGAGAAGGGAGACUACAUGUUUGUCACUGGAGGCGCCAGUAAUUGGCAGCAUGUGUUUGCUCAGGGUAUGAGCGGGAAGGGGCAGAUAACGUACAACUUCGCCGACGAAAAUGGCGCCUUUAUCUCUUCCAGCGAUAAGACGCAAAACGACGGCACCGUGCAAAAGGCCGCUUUUCCUCCCCCCGCUAGUGCGCAAGAGAAGAGCUACAUGAAGCCACUUCCAGUUGUUAUGGCAAGAGGCCAUACCAUACUUAAUCGAAACUGGUGCGCCAUCAAAAUCUAUAUGUUAGUUCAAACUCAAACAGCCAGCGUGCUUUUGAUCAAGGAAAAAAGAACUUUUUCCUCGUUUUCGGUUUUCAGCGUUAGUUUUCGAAUGGUGCAAGCUUGUGACCCCGAGUGUGAGUAAUGGUCCUUCUUUCAUAGGGGAAGCUGCUGACAGCGACAGGGAAUCGCUUACCGCGCUGGUCGCGGAUGUAUAUAUUGUCUUCAAAGGCGGCAGCGGAGCUCCAGCAGAAUUAUGGUCAGCUUUUUUCCAUCAUCCUCGGCAUCUUGGUCCCCUUUCCCUUUGUGUUCUCGUGGGAUACAAGGUAAAAGGGGUCAAGAUGGGGGGGGCCGAGAUGCAAUCUAGCAGACUCUAACAGAAGUCACUUUCGCGCAUGAAAGAGGAGCAUUGGUCGUGCCGGUGCUUUGUUCUGGAGGUACGAGCAGCCCAAAGGCAAGGGCCCUCCCUGAGCUUGUAUACGACAGCGCAAAAUGGGAUCAGCACCACCUGAUCCUGCGCGGCCAUUUCGUCGAGGAAGAUCGGUGCGCUCCUGGCAAAGCGGCUCCGGGCGCGAUUGCCCAGGGGGUUUGGCUUCAAAUUCACGAGUUCGGGCGCGUAUAGACUUUUUCGAUCGAUAGUUUUGCUGCGUCUUUUUGUUCGUGUUUUGUCAGUACGUAGUUCAUUCUUUGCUCGUAAGCUUUUCUUCGGUUUGCUGCAGUAAAGUCUGGUAAAUUUCGCCUCUUUCGCUGCGUGAGUUUUGGUUUUAUCGAACUCUAGCCAAGCCGCCCACUAUUGAUGUAGGCACUACUAGGUUCCCGCGAAGUUUUUCAGCGUGCAUUUUUUAAGAAUGUGAUCAUCGUCUUCCUUUCAUUUGCACGCAAACGGAGGUCGACAUAAGUUAGCCUACCUUAUACAUUUGGGAGCAAUGUAGAACACGGAGGUCUGCCUUUGGAAAGGCUUUCCGCUGGAGGAUGUAAAGUUUCCAUGGGAUUACUUAAUCAUACAGAUCCCGCGCCACGGGAGUGGGGCCGCCUAGCCCGUGCAAUGGGGGUGGGACCAUCUAGAGGCGCUGCACCCCUUAACAAAUAGAGGGUGGCAUGCGUGGUAUAGCACAGCGUGCCACGGUUCCGGCCGUGUAGCGUUUCCGCGGUCCUUGUGCGUUCUCUCGUUCAUUGGGUUUUGCUGGGUUGCUUCUGCUCUCUUUGUGUGGGAAGUGGGAGGUGUCGCUGUUUGAAGAUAUUUACGAAGCCUUUCACCGCGGUUAUGUGGUAGUCGUGGUUGCCGUGCUUCAGGUUUCUUUCCAGUAGUUGUCUGAGACUGCGUAGCAUGAUUUGCACGUGCCGUGCGCCUUCGGAUCCAGUAUAAGGGGAUGAGGCUCUUUGCAUCCUUACCGCGAUCGUGGCCCGCCUUGCCAUCGGGAUGCAAACCGUCGGGACCAAAACUAACUCCGACGAAGCUAUGGCCAUACACAAACUAGCCUGCGUUGCCCUCUUAGUACUAGUUCAUGGGCCCCUUGUCCUUAUUUCUGUUCUUCUCUUCAUACCACAAGACGAGCGCUCGCGCCGUUCAUAUCGCAGACCUCUCUUUUCUAUAGUGUGCCUGGCUUCAAAUUGAACCUCGAGACCCGCGGACCCCCGCUUACUGCGCUCACACACAGUCAUAGCGCAUGCGCAGGUGCAGUGGACUAAAGCGCAGGGGCGGUCGGUUCGGUCUUUUCGUCCGCUCGGGUAGUCGCGCUCGCGCGGGAAUCACGUAAAUUUUUCCCCACGUACAGGCGCCGCGCGAUGCUAGGAAGGCAAAGGAGGAUAUACUGAAGAAGUUUCCCGGUGCAACGAUCGUCGGUUUUCUGGCUUCUGAUGACGACAGUUCUGAUCGCGCAAACAAGGUUGAGGAACAUGUUGGCAACGUCGCGGCUGUUUUAGCCACACACGCGGAAGAGAACAAUCUGGUUUUCGUCACCGGGGGCACGUCGGAUUGGCAUCACAUAUUUGGCAUGAAGCUGGUGGGCGUACCAGAGGCAGGAGCGAGAGUGAAGAACCGUCUAUACAACCUAGCGGACGAGGGGAGAAAUUUUGGGAGUGGCUUCGGUUUUCAAGAAAGAAAGACAGACACACUUCCUGGAAUUACACUCCUUGUCGCAACCGACGCUGAAAGCCCUGCAAGACAGUUGCUCAUGGGCUUGGUCGCGGACGUUUAUGUGACUAUCGCAGGCGGCUCUGAGGUUUGUGCUGAAGCUAAUCACGCGGCUAACAACGAAGCCAUGGUAGUGCCGGUGCUGUGUUCUGGAGGCGCAAGCGAGCCGACUUCUCCUGACUUUCCUCACAAUUUCUUGGCGGGACAGAUGCGCCCUGCUAUCUAUGAGCAGGCGAAAAAGUUCCAGAAGGAGGAAGCACGUCCACCCAAUGUCGCAAACCUUGUUUGGGAGCAAAUCACGACUGCGCCGUCCAUGGUAUUGCCGACUUUGGUGAUAUUAGUACUUCUGACGAUUCGUCGACAUCUUUGCUUGUUUACCGAAGUUCGCCUCGUAGGUAUUUACUAGACCGAGAGAGAUAUUGCGGCGCUGGAAGUUCGUAAAGCAGUGAGCACCUGCAACAGUUAAUAGUAGCUCGCGUUCGAUUCGUUCUUGUUGCGUUAUUUUCUUGGAAGCAAACUAUAGGAGGCGGGUGCUGUAGAUAUUUUCAUCUGUCUCUCUUCCUCGGUUGUCGUGACUAUUUCCAAGGCAGCUAGUUUCUGCUGGCGAUAAAGCCUCUGUGCGAUAUCGGAUCCUCGCGGGCCGUCAUUCCCGCUUUUUUGUUUUUUUCUGGGAUCAUUGCCGGCAGGGAGGCUAGUCCGACUCAUUUUUGGGACUAGGGAAGCCUCCCGUCUUGUAACAGCGGUCGGGCGUGCGGAGGUACAGUCGAUCUCGCUAAGUGAGUCCUUGUGGGGUGUCUCACUUUUGAGAGGGCUGCGUCUCACGCUAGCUUUUGCGGGCUCGCCAUGGGGGCAGCGUCUCGGAGGUGUUCCUCUCGAGGCCGGUCCAGGCGGGGCCGUCCACUGGCAGCUGCUCGGGGCUCCGUUCAUUGGUGAGGGGCCCCUCAGCGUAUACGUUCGGCGAUGGCGCGUUUUCACGGUCCUGGUUAUCGGGGAUCUUUGGACCGGAAAAAGGCCAAGCCCGCGGGUCGGGGCUACCCUCGCUCGUAGAGAUUAUAGUUGAGCAUGGUUGGAUGCUACAAGCGCCUCCUGAGAAGCAAGUCCCAAUCCUUGUGAGCCUCUGCUCCGAGACGCUUGGGACGUGUGUCGAAAACGGGCACAAGGCGGGGCCAGUUUGAUACCUCAAAGAAAUGGGCCGGUGAGGACCGAAACGGGCCCCCGGGUGGGGGCUUGGGACUGCUUCAGGGCGACGCCUUUUGGCCAAAAGUGACGCCCUAGGGGAGGCUGGCUUUUUGGGUCCCCUUGCAAGGCUUAGACCUUCGCUUCGGAGUCUGGCGCCAUGUGCAGCGGGUUGGGGAGAUGGUGGCGGCGUUUCUUUUGGCGCAGGUGGACAUGAAAGCCGCUCACGUCCUGACGGCAUGGGCUUGGUUAAGGAAUGUCUUUAGCUUUGCGCUUUGCGGUAUUUCAAAAAAUAGUUGUUGAAAGUUCUUCUGUCUGUUGUGGAGAGGCGAGAGUCAGUCUAACUUUUUAGGUUCUGAAAAUUAACUCCAACAUGCAUUCUUCAUCUGGGGCCUUCAUAUUACGAGUAACACAACUUUUAGUACUAGGCAGCAUUUCGUCAGGACUCGCAAUAGUCGACCGCCUAUCAAGAUUGGCUACUUAUUAGUGGCUUAGGUCCAGCGACGCUUACGGCCUUCUUUGGGAGGAUUUGCAACCCUCCCUAUGCAGGUUCUGAUGAGUUGGCUGUAGUUUCUUGCUGGGGUUUUCUGGUGGCUACAGGUUUUUUCCUUGGCUGGGAUAGCCACCAUUUUCCCCCCUCUUUGAGCAUGUUUACUUUCCGCUGACCUUGUCGCCCUUUACUUGUAAUAAUGCAGUUAUUUAAUUGCCUCAUAACCUUGUUAGCGGUUCAUGGAGGACUCCUAACUAAGAAUAUUACUAGUCGUUGUUCCUUUUCUUAGCCACCAUGGACUACAGGUGUCUUACCGGCUUCGAACUGGUCUAAAGAAGGAGGGCGGCAGCCGUGUGGUUGUCACUGUCUUGGGAGGGAAUUUUUUUGGCAAAGAAGCUGCUGAGGCUGAGCACGACGAAUGGACGAAAAGGGUGAUUGCUCAGCUGGGUAAACAUUUGCAGCCAUUGGAGGGCAGUGUGGCGUUCGUGACUGGUGGAGUAUCGGACGCGCAGAAGAUCUUCGCCCAAAACGCGCCGGCGGGGGCCGUCUACAAUUUGCAAGGGGAGGAGACACUGCUCGAUGCGAGUCAGUGGCCCGGGACGCCGCUGAAGAUACCCUUUCUUCAAAAGGAUGACCCACGAAAGGACCGGCUCACUGGCAUUCUUGGUGACGUUGUUAUUACCAUUGGAGGCGGAAACGGGGUGGGAAAGGAGGCGGCCAUUGCCUUCGAUAACAGCGCGAAGGUCGUCCCAUUGAUAGCUACCGGUGGAGCGAGCACGGGCAGCGCGAGUGAGUUCGUUAAAGUACCAGUUCCAGCAGAGGCGGUGGAGAAGCCGGAAUUCGUGGACGAGGCUCUCUGGAAAGGUUUAACCACGAAAACGGAUGAUGCUGAAGCCUAUGCGAAAAACGCAGCAAAGGUCAUCAGCGCUGCUGUAGACCAAGUCAAGAGCAAAUCAGAGUCCGCUGGUGCCUCGGCUGCGUAAAGCCGCGCUUUUCUGACAGUAGAUUUGCUACAUGUAGGUACUCUGAGGUGUAUUAACUUCCAUAGCCAGAUUGACUUUCUUGAUGCUUCUCCUGUGUGUGCACUUCCUUCGCAUGCGCUCUAGAAUAGCUUCACUCUGCGAAUGUGACUAGUUAGUAUAUCAAUUAAUACCACUUGUAGCUACUUUGUAUGAUUUGGGAAACGGUUACGGUUUGGUGGGUUGAUGUUGGACCAUGUGGGAUGGCUAUGGUCUGCUGGUGUUUAUUUGGGUGUAGCUUGGGAAUCUAGGUUUGAAGUUGGAGCUGAAGCAAACGCGUGGAUGUCUGCUUAUGUCUGCUUAAGUGACAUUCAUUUAUUGGUGUCCUGGGCUUGUUAAUAUUGUGAGAAGCGAUGUUUUUUUAUCGCGCUUUUUUUUUGUUCAUGUCCAUCCAAGACGAUGAAGUGUUCUCGUGUUCUUGUCUUCGGUGUUGUAACAUUUCCGUUCAGCACACACGUACAACUAUUAGCCCUGCCUCGAGCUGCUAGCUUCUGUACUGCUUAUGUACCUUUUUUAGCUGUUCUCGAAUAAUGAUACCAACUGGCGACCCCGAGUAGUCGUCCGUGUAACAAAGUGGAGGAAGGAUAGUACUUAGCACGAUGCACAUUUUCGUCUGUGUAGUUUUCCGUGGAGGACAUCUACAGAGCCUUCCGCUCAUUACUUACAGUUUUUGUGUAACAUUGAAGAUUAUAUAGCAUUAGUAUGGGAAUAGUUGAGGGAGGGUUUCUGAUUUUUGAGGAGUGUUUCUCCAACUAGCGGUUUUUCGAUUUUAGAGAUUUUUGGUUUUUGAGCUGCUGUUUUGAUUGCUGCGGACUGCGUCUUUUCGGGUAAGUGCAUAGAAGUGCUACAGAAGAAGUUCUUGGGCGGCUCUUUUAAGUAUGAGAAGUGUCAUAAAGUGCAGAACUCUCCUCAAAGACCUGAGUGAGAUGUCAGACUCAGGCCUUCUUGGUUCAAGAAACAAAGAAGCCCACUCUUGACUGACCGUUCUUGACUGGCCUUUCUUCUUGGCGUGGGGGCUCGAGCUGGGGCUGGGUACGUACUUGACCGUCGUCCGGUCCGUUGAGUGAUCGGCUGCGCACGUGCCUGAUAUCGUUCAACUAAAAGACUAUC